CCUUGUAUCGGGAGCGCGCCGAGCCCGGCCGGGGCUGGCCAAACUGAAACCCUGCUCGGUGCACACGCUCAUACACUCGCAGGUCGCGGCGAGGCAGAGACAAGAAGAAGCGCUCGGACUUCCAAAGCACUCGGCGACGAAAAACGUCGGCGCCUGCAGCAGCUUCCCCUCCUUUUGGACUAUCCCGGUUUCAUUGUUGAAAUACGUAUACAUAUAUAGGAGAGGGUCGGACUGACGGUGCACCAUGUCGGGCAACAGGGAGGAGGAGAGGAGGAAACUGGCCGACAUCAUCAACCACUGGAACGCCAACCGGCUCGACCUGUUCGAGAUCAGCCGGCCCACAGAGGACCUCGAGUUCCAUGGUGUGAUGCGCUUCUAUUUUCAAGACCGCAUGGCCGGCAACUUUGCCACCAAGUGCAUCCGCGUGUCCAGCACUGCGACCACUCAGGACGUCAUCGAGACACUGGCAGAGAAGUUCCGACCUGACAUGAGGAUGCUGUCAUCGCCGCGCUACUCCCUAUACGAGGUCCACGUCAGCGGCGAAGAGCGCCAGCUGGACCUGGAUGAGAAGCCGCUGGUCGUUCAGCUCAACUGGAAUAAAGACGACAGAGAAGGACGAUUCGUUCUCAAAAACGAGAACGACAUCCUGCCCAAGAAAAGUCAGAGCAACGGACCUGAGAAAGAGAAGGAUGGCGUGAUCCAGAACUUCAAAAGGACACUGUCUAAGAAAGAGAAGAAAAAGGAGAAGAAGCGGGAGAAGGAGUUCACACGGAUAACGGAUGGUGACGAGCAGAUGCCCAACCGUGAUGAUGGGGAGAACAGUCGUCUGGCCGCAGAGGUGUAUAAGGACAUGCCCGAGACCAGCUUCACUAGGACCAUCUCUAACCCAGAGGUGGUGAUGAAGAGGCGGCGGCAACAGAAACUGGAGAAGCGCAUGCAGGAAUUCAUGAGCAGCGACGGGCGGCCGGACUCUGGGGGGACGUUGCGGAUCUACGCCGACAGCCUUAAGCCCAACAUCCCCUAUAAGACCAUCCUGCUCUCCACCAGAGAUACGGCAGACUUUGCUGUGGUGGAAGCGUUGGAGAAGUAUGGGCUGGAGAAGGAGAACCCCCGAGAAUACUGCAUUGCUCAGCAAGACGACAAGUCCGGGAAGGAGGUGAUCCUAGACGAUGGCGAGUGUCCUCUGCAGAUAUUUAGAGAUUGGCCUGCUGACAGAGGAACAUUGGUGUUCCAGCUCAAGAUGAGACCGCCUGACUAUCAGGUGAGGAAGAUGAGGAAACCAGAUGACAAAGGGAAGGACAACACUGGGUCAUUGCCGCCGGAAAAACUGCCUUACCUAGUGGAGCUGAGUCCGGAUGGAUCCGACUCGCGGGACAAACCCAAGCUGUACCGCCUCCAACGCAGCAUCACAGAGGUGGGCUCAGACUGCACAGAGGACGGAGCCAUUCAGCUUCUGGGCCCGGGUGUGCUCCCUCACCACUGCAACCUGACGCACAGCGAGGGCCUGGUGACUGUGACCCCGCACGGCCCCGAUGCUGACACGUUUGUGGACGGCCAGCGCAUCACCGAGACGGCUGUGCUGCGCUCGGGGGCCACUCUCCAGUUCGGAUCGGCGCAUGUCUUCAAAUUCGUCGACCCACUCUACGACCAGGGUACGAAGAGGGAGCCGGCUGCCAUGAUGCGCACAAGGAACAAAUCUGGCAGUGUUCCCGAAACCACAUUUGAUCUUCAGGGGGACAUCCACAGCGGGCCAGCCAUACCCACCAGCAAGAGCUCAGGGAAGUUGGAGAUGGAGCGUGGGAUGGUGAAGCCGAUGAUCCGAAGCGAGCUGCAGGACAGCCGGACUCAGGACAGCUCGUCUGACCGGCCUGAGUUGACUCUGCCAGCCAGCAUCGAGUUCAGAGAAAAUUCCGAGGACACUUUCCUGUCAGCCAUUAUCAACUACACCAACAGUUCGACGGUGCACUUCAAGCUGUCCCCCACGUAUGUUCUGUACAUGACGUGCCGCUUUGUGCUGUCGCCCACCUACCGGCCCGACAUUUCACCGUCGGAGCGGACGCACAAAGUCAUCGCCAUUGUCAACAAGAUGGUGAGCAUGAUGGAGGGUGUCAUCCAGGAAAGUCCUGAAGGGGAUCAGAAGCAGAAGAACAUAGCUGGCGCGCUGGCCUUUUGGAUGGCUAAUGCUUCGGAGCUGCUUAACUUCAUCAAGCAGGAUCGCGACUUAAGCCGCGUCACACUAGACGCCCAGGAUGUCCUCGCCCACCUCGUCCAGAUGGCCUUCAAGUACCUGGUGCACUGCCUGCAGGCCGAUCUCAACAACUACAUGGCUGCCUUCCUAGAUGACCCAGAAGAACACAAUCCCCAGAGACCCAAGAUCGAGGACGUCCUGCACACGCUGACGGGCGCCAUGUCGCUACUGCGGCGGUGUCGCGUCAACGCGGCGCUGACUAUUCAGCUCUUUUCGCAGCUCUUCCAUUUCAUCAACAUGUGGCUCUUCAACAAACUGGUGACGGAUAGCGAGUCGGGCCUGUGCUGCCACUACUGGGGUGCCAUCCUGCGUCAGCAGCUCAGCCACAUUGAGGCUUGGGCUGAGAAGCAGGGCCUGGAACUGGCCGCUGAUUGCCACCUCAGUCGCAUCGUGCAGGCCACCACCUUUCUGACCAUGGAUAAAUACUCGAUGCAGGACGUCCAGAACAUCCACAGCACUUGCUUCAAGCUCAACUCAUUCCAGCUCCAUGCGCUCAUGACCAACUACCACUGUGCUCCAGAUGAGCCUUACAUUCCGCCCGAGCUGAUCGACCAUGUGGUGGCAGUGGCGGAGAACACUGCGGACGAGCUGGCGCGUAGCGACGGCCGUGAGGUGCAGCUAGAGGAGGACCCCGAUUUGCAACUUCCCUUCUUACUGCCCGAGGACGGAUACUCGUGUGACGUAGUGCGCAGCCUGCCUAAUGGGCUGCAAGAUUUCCUUGACCCGCUGCUGCAGAGAGGCUUUUGCCGGCUGACACCCCACCCUCGUUCGCCCGGAACAUGGACUGUCCAUUUCGAGGGGGCUGAUUGCGAAAGCCACUUCACUGCCGCUGACAACUCCGAAAUGCCAAUGAGGAAGGAGCCGGAGGUGGUGACGGUGACGUUGAAGAAGCACAACGGCAUGGGUCUCAGCAUUGUGGCCGCCAAGGGUGCGGGCCAGGAGAAACUGGGCAUCUACAUCAAGUCCGUGGUCAAAGGAGGGGCCGCCGACAUGGAUGGGCGUCUGGCAGCCGGCGACCAGUUGCUGAGUGUGGACGGCCGCAGCCUGGUGGGUCUGUCGCAAGAGAGGGCAGCCGAGCUGAUGACCAGGACGGGAUCUGUAGUGACCCUGGAGGUGGCCAAGCAGGGAGCCAUUUACCAUGGCCUGGCUACACUCCUCAACCAGCCCAGCCCCAUGAUGCCUCGAGCCUUAGACCGUGGCCGUGAGAAAAACGGUAAAAUGCGUCCAAAGAGUGAAGGCUUCGAGCUGUACAACAGCUCAGUGCAGAACGGCUCCCCAGAAAGUCCGCAGGCCGGGUGGGACUCUUACCCCGAACCAAAGAAGAUUAGCGGGGAGGACCGGCUCCUCAAGAACCGGGCUGACCACCGCUCCAGUCCCAACGUGGCCAAUCAGGGGCAAAGUCCUGCAGGCAAGCCAGUGUAUCCCGCCGGUCCCGGCACCAAGAUCACAUCUGUUUCCACCGGCAACCUGUGCGCUGACGAUGAGCCUUCGCCCCCUCGUCCAGAGGCAUAUCCCAUCCCCACGCAAACCUACGCCAGGGAGUACUUCACCAUUCCAGCAUCCAAGAGCCAGGAUCGCGUGGUGGGUCCGGGGCCAGGAUCCUCGCAGCACUGGCAGGCCAUGGAGGACAGAGAACGGCUUCCCUCGGUGGACAACAUCCAUAACAGCAUCCAGCGGGUCAACCACUCCCAGGAGGACAUGUAUCCUCCACCUGGGGUUCUCAGGCCAGACGAGCAUAUGCAGCAGCACUACCAACAGGAGUACCAACACCAAGAUCUGGACUAUCAGCACAGAGAUAUGGACUACCAGAGGGGACCGCCAGGUGUUGUCGGACCGGACCACUGGGUAACGCAGCAGCAGAUUUCAUCCACGAUGGAGCUGCCCACGUCCAGCCAGGAGCACCUAAAUUUUUCUGCAUCCUCCACGUCGUCGGGCAAGAACCAGAAGACGGGGCCAGGCCGCUGGAAGACACCCAUCGCCCCGCACAAUGCGGCACCGCACUCAGUCCAGCCGUCGUCCCGCUCAGACCUCCCGCCACCCCCUCCGCCGCCCCCAGUCGCCUACCCAGAUGCCUACGAACCAUAUGAGCUGCACGCCGAGAUGCCUCUGCCACCGCCACCCACCGCCGUCAGCUCGGCGACGGCCCAGCAAGCCGCCGACCGCAAAAAGCGGGAAGAGCAGCAACGUUGGUAUGAGAAGGAGAAAGCUCGUCUGGAGGAGGAGAGGGACCGGAAAAGGAGAGAGCAGGAGAGGAAGCUGGGCCAGAUCCGGGCCAACCCUGUCAUGCCCGUCCAGCCUCACAACGGCGGCGGCACCUUGCCGCCCCCUCCACCUCACCACCAACACCAGCCCCCCCAUCCUCCCUCCAUGGGCCCCCCUCAUGCUUACCUACCCUCGCAGCCCCAGCCACCUCCCUCAAGACCCGAAAAGCUGGCCAGCCUGCCUCGCUCGGCCAUGCCUCCUGGCUCCAAUCCUCAAGGUGUGGACACAGUGAUCCGGGACCUCUUGCCCCAGCAGCAGCCCCGCACGAUUGAGCGCCGAGACCUACAGUACAUCACCAUCAGCAAAGAGGAGCUGACGAGCGAUAGCCUCUCGCCCGACCCCUGGAAGAGGGACGCCCGCGAGAAAGCAGAGAAGCAGCAACAGCUCCACAUUGUUGACCUGCUGGACAAGGAGAUCCAGGAGCUCCAGGCCAAGCCAGAGCGCACUGCUGAGGAGAGCGACCGGCUGCGCAAGCUGAUGCUGGAGUGGCAAUUCCAAAAGCGUCUGCAGGAGUCAAAGCAAAGCGACGAGGACGAGGAGGAGGAGGAUGAUGAAGAUGUAGACACCAUGAUGAUCAUGCAGAGGCUGGAGGCAGAGAAGCGAGCAAGGUUGCAGGACGAAGAGCGGCGGCGCAAACAGCAGCUGGAGGAGAUACGCAAGCGUGAAACCGAUGAACGGACCAAACAGGAGGAGGAACGGCGGUGGCGAGAGGAGGAGAGAGCCAAGCGGGAGGCGGCGGAGAAGAGGAGACAGGAGGAGGAGUACUACGCCCGUCUGGAGGCGGAGCGGCGCCGUCAGCACGAGGAAGCUGACCGCAAGCUGCUGUCGCCAGACGAGCCGGCCGGUCUGUAUCGGCCCCCGCUGCCCAAGGACUACCAGACCCCCUCCGCCCUCCCGCACAACCCUACUAACACCCCCCCGCCGCCCCCGCAGAGAAACGCCUCCUACCUCAAAACACAGGUGGCCUCACCUGACACGCUCUACACCGCCAAGUUUGUCGCCUACGCCGGCGACGAGGACGACGACGAGGAGGGCGGCGGCGGCCAGUCAGGUCAGCUCAAGCUGUCGGCCACCCGCAAGUCGUACGGCGACCUCCCGGCCCCGCCCCACCGCGGACGGCCCCAGCCGCCGCCCACUGCACGCAAACCCCGGCCGCUCUCGGACGGCAUCUUCCUGUCUAGCUCCUUCCAGCUGCCCAGUGCCAACAACUCCAACAGUACAGGGCCGCCCCCUCUCCCCACCAAGCCCGGGGUGGGCCCCCCAGGAGGUGGGAAAGGAUUUAACUUGUACACUGGAAACUCAGCAGGAGUUGUAGGAUCUGGAGAGUUCUACAAGGAACCGAGGGACAAAUGGCCCAAGAGUCAGGAGCAGGAGAACAUCCCAAGCGGCGGCAGUGGCGCCCCCCCUGAAAGUCUGACGUUUAAGGAGCGCCAGCGUCUGUUCUCUCAGGGCAAGGAGGUGUCCAACAAGGUGAAGGCGUCGCGCAAGCUCAUGGAGCUGGAAAACGAGCUCAACACCAAGCAGUGAGACGACACGUCACCUUGCACCUUUGCUCGUCUUUGUUUUUAAAUUUUUUUUUUUUUUUUUUUGACUCAUUGGAGCUGUGGACCCUUGCAGUGACUGUUUACCACUUGCCCCCACCCCCCACCACCAGACUUGUAAGAAGCACUGUACAAACGUAAUUCUAUCAGCAUAUUCUAUUUUCUUGUUGGUAAAAUGGUGCUGGAGGAAGGGGCCAGAUGGAUUAUAGAAAUUAAUGCUCUUUUUUUUUUUUAAUACCUUACAAAGAUUUUAAGUGGUUAGCUUUUAUCUUUGGACAACAGAUGUUUUAUUUGACUCAUUGUUUGGAUUUUUUUUAUAAACCCGACACUGUUACUUCAUUCCGCAUCGCAGGCACAGACAACACAAAUUUUGUUGUCGUAUGUCCGAUUUUUUUUUUUUUUUUUUAAGGGGGAGGGAGGUGAUAUUGUAGGACAAGGCAUUCAUCUCCAAGCGCACAACUUCAAUGUAAAUAAUUGUCACUCGCAGUACUGUACAAGCCUAAAAACGUCGCUGGUGUGACCAACAGUCUGAGAUGUUUUCAAUCUGAGGUAACCCUGUUUUAAAUAAAACACUUUUUUUUUUUUUUUUUUUUUUGCUGGUGUGAGAAAAUGGACAAGUGAGACAUUCAUUUUUAAAAACAAAAAAAAAAUUGUUUGCUCUUAUGCGCAAUGAUAUGCCCGUAAAAGGGCAAAGGAACAUCAUUUUCAGUGCUUUCACAGCCGAUGUUGUUCACAGUUGACUUGUUCCUCCCAGUUUGGAUUUACAUAUGAACUGAAUCACUUAAAGGUUUUCAUGUUUAGUUUUUUUUUUUUUUUUGUAAAUCAUUAAUAAAUACAAAUGUUUCAAUAAGC